CCAUUUAAACUCAAACAACCAAUUAAAAAAACAAACUCUUGAGAGAUUUUGGAACAACGCAAAGAAAAACAUGAAACCUGAAAUGUGUUUACUGUUGCUGCUUGCAGUGGUGUCGACAAUUUCUGCUCAGUCGAGCUGCACAGACGUCAUAUUCAGUAUGGCUCCAUGUCUGGUCUACGUCACCGGAAACUCUUCUUCUCCUUCUCAACAAUGCUGCAACCAGUUGGCUACUGUUGUCAGGUCUUCUCCUGAGUGUUUGUGUGAGGUUCUCAGUGGUGGAGGUUCUCAGCUUGUGAUCAAUGUUAACGAAACACAAGCUCUUGCUUUGCCUAAAGCUUGUAAUGUACAAACUCCUCCUGUUAGUCGCUGCAAUGGUGGUUCUUCGGUUAAUUCUCCUGCAGGAUCAUCAAACACUUCAGAACAUGGAAAUGGAUCGAAAACAGUUCCAGGAGACCGGUCAUCACCUAAUUGUCAAAUAAUUGAAGAGUGGACCCCUAAGUCCGACCACCUUUGUCUCCAUUUCCACAAAUCACAAUUCCAUGUCUCUUAG